AUGACAGAGAGAAAACAACAAGAACAAGAUAACAUACAAGUUUCAAUAAGAAUAAAACCCAUGUUUGAAGAAGGAAAGACGUGCAUACGAUUGGAUCCAAACCUGAAGAAUACCAUCAUCUUAGAGGGAUAGAAUCAGUAAGAGUAGAAAUUCUUCUCCUUUGAUAAUGUGGCUGGACCAGACACUACAUAGGAAGAUAUUUUUUUCAUGAUUGGAGAGCAAUAAGCUAAUAAUUGUUUAGAAGGCUACAACGGAUGUGUGUUUGUAUAUGGUUAGACAGGGUCAGGCAAAACUUACACUAUGACAGGAACAUCUCAGUAACCAGGACUAUUACCACGUAUAAUCGAUUAUCUCUUUCGGUGUGUCUUUGAAGACUAAGAAAAAGAUCCCUCAGUUGAAUACUUAAUCAAGUGCUCACAUCUCGAAAUUUAUAAUGAACACAUCAUUGAUCUUCUUAAUCCUGAUUUGGGUAACUUGCAACUGCGAGAGGAUCUUAACAAAGGAGUAUACGUUGAAUUUCUGACUGAAGAAUGUUGCUCCAAUGUUGUAGAGGCUAUGGAAGUAGUCCAACGAGGCAAUGAAAAUAGACAUAUCUCAUCAACUUAAAUGAAUUUCGAAUCUUCCCGUUCUCAUAGUGUUUUCACUGUCUAAUUGGAAUCCAGAAGAUAAAGUCAUUCACUCAUCAAUCACAGAUUCUCUAGAUUCCAUUUUGUGGAUCUGGCUGGUAGUGAACGACAGAAACAUACCCAAGUUUAAGGCGAGAGACUUCGAGAAGGUUGUCAAAUCAAUAGGAGUCUCCACAUACUGGGCAAUGUUAUCAAUUCAUUAGUGGAAGACAAAGAAUAAAAUAGAUAUGUUCAUUAUCGUGAUUCAAAACUCACCUUCUUACUCAAAGAUUCACUUGGAGGUAAUUCCAGAACUCAUCUCAUUGCAAAUAUACAAUAAUCCAAUUUAUUUUAUUAGGAAACAUUCUCCACGCUUCAAUUCUCUAAAAGAGUCAAACAAGUCAAGAACAAGGCUAGAGUUAAUGAAGAUGAAAGUGGAUCUUUGGAGAGUCUCAAAAAUGAAAUCAAAAGAUUAAAAUAAGAAUUAGCCAAAUGGAUUGUCGGUCUCUAAACUACCUCUAAAUUAGCAGAAUCUCCUUCGAAAUAAAACAUUAUCAUGCAUAAUAUCAAUUUUGAAGAUCUUAAUGCUAAAGAUUAAAGAUAUAUCAAGCUUGAAGAAAUACUCAAAGUAUAUCUUGAACAAUCUACUGAGAGUGAGACUGCCCUUUAUGUAGAAAUUGAAAAGUACUUAAGUGGAAUCAAAGAAUUACGAGAAGCAUUUUAAUUAAGUUCUUAAUUGGAACAACAACUAAAAUUAAUUAUUCGAUUGUAAAACGAAUAAAUCGUCAGAUUGAAACACGCUAACGGAGCUGAAGAUUUAUCUAAUGAUUAUCAAGAAGAACUCUCCAAAGCCCUGUUGAGUCAAGCUGCAGUGAUGAAGAAAUUCUCUGAUAGUCUUAGAAUCAAAGAGGGAUCAGCCAAAAAUGUUGAAAAAGCUAAAUUAUAAAUAAAUGAGAAUGUAUCAAUGCUCAAUACCAUUGUAACAACUGUCAAUGAAUCCUUAGAUGAAAGAAAGAAAUUACAAAAAUAAAUUUAACAAUAAUUCUCUUAAGUUUAUGUACCAGUGGAAGAGUUUACUUAAUUGCAAAGUGAAAAAGAAAAGAUUAAUGAAAAAUUAACUAAAUUUGUAGAAAAGGAAGAUAAAAUCAAAUAAUCACUUGAUUAAAUAGGUAUUACAAUUCACGAUGAAGAUGAAAUUAAAAUCAUUGAUCAUAAAUAAAGAGAUCUAACUUUAGAUUAAUAAAAUGAAUAAUUGGAACUGAAGAGCAGAGCCGUAGAAUAAUUAAAUCAACAAUUAUUUCAAAAAGAAUAAGAAAUACAAUAAAUUGUAGAACAAAAUCAAAUACAUAUUCAAGAAGCCCAACAUUUAAAUGAAUAAAUAGGGGAAGCAAACCAAGAAGUUAAGUAAUUGAAUUAACAACUCUUAUCAUAAUAAAAUGAAUUAGAAUAGGCAAAAUUAUAAUAAGAUUCCCUAUAAAAUACAGUGCAUUUAAGUAAGUUAGAGAACGAUUAAUUGAAAUUACAAAUCGAAACUUUAAAAACUGAGAAAUAAAAUUUGUAAGUUUAAAGUAAUCAAAAUUAAGAUGACUUAAGCAACUCAUUGUAGUAAUAGAAAUAAUAGAAUGAAACAUUGCUAAGUUAAUUACAAAAUUCUAUACAAGAAUAAAAUAACUUGAUUAAUUAAAUUCAUUCUCAAUUAAAAGAAAAUAAUGAACUCAAAGAAUAGAAUCUAUUAUUGAAUAGAGAAAAAUAAGAUAUUUAAUUAUAGAAUAACAAAUAAAUAGAUGAUCUUUUGAAUUAGGUUAAAUAAUUGAUUCAAAAAUAAGAGUAAUAAGAGUUAGUUUAUUAAAAUGAACUUCAAACUAUUAUUAAGAAUUCUAAAGUUGAAAACACCAAUAUUUAAAAUGAGUAUGAAAGUCAAAUAUAAACCAUUGUGAAGAAGCAUCAAAUGUAGAUUGAAGAAUUGAAAGAUGAAAACAAAAGAUAACUGGAUUAAUUUGUUAAUUAAUAAGAAUCAGUAAUUCAAACAUAAAUUAAUUAAUUACAAAAUUAAAUCUAAUAAUUGAAUAAAGAAUUAUAAGAAAAGUAAUUGUAACUUGUAAAUAAAAAUAAAGAAUUUGAGCUUCUAAAAGAAAAUUAAACUAAAUUAGAAUAAUAAAUAGAAGAGAACAAGGCUGUUAUGAAAUAAUAGGAGUAAGAACUUUUGAUUAAGAAGGAAGAGUUGAAUCAAGCUGUUUAAGAGAUAAUAACAAAAGAAGAAGAAUUUUAAGAACAAUUAGCUUAAGUUAACGAAAAAUAGAAAGAGUUUGAAGAUAAUUGUUUAGAACUGAAAAGCAAGGCUAUUCCAGAGAAAGAAUCGGUAAUUGAACAGCUAAGAGCAGAUAUUGAGUAAAAGGAAAGCGAAUUGUAAAUUCAAAAUGAGGAUUUCAUUAAUUAACAAAAUCUCCUUUUUGAAAUGAUCAAACAAAAAGAUGUUGAAAUAAAGAAAUUGACUGAGGAUCUUGAUGAUCAUAGUAAUAGAUUAAAAGAAGCAUCAAAAGUAAUAGAUAGGUAUUCCAAUUGCAAUUCUGAAUUGAAAGGGACUAUAGAUUCAUUAAAUCAUCAAUUGGAAAAGUAAUAAUAAAUACUAAAUGAUAUUAAAAUUAAAGAGAACACAUCAACUCAAAUUUAUGAUGAAAAGAUGAAAUCCCUCAAUGAGAUUUUAUAAUCUAAAUAAAAUGAAGUUGCUAAUCUACAAAUGAGAUUGGAAGAGGAGAAUAAAGUUUAUAAAUAACAGAAUUAAUAAAGUUCUCAAUAGAUGAAAACUACGGAAAAAAGAAUGAAAGACUUGGAAAAGGAGAAGAUUAAUUAUUAAGAGGAAAUCUAGAAAAAGGAGACAUCCAUCAUUUAAUUAGAAUCAAAGUUACAAGCAUCUUUAAAAGAAAAAGAAAUUAUGUCAAAUUAAUUCAAAAAUCAAAUUAAAGAGUUGUAACAAUAAUUACUAUCCAGUAAUCAGGGAGUAGAAGAGUAAAAGAUUUGGGUUAUUCACUAUAAAAAAGAAGUGGAUAAAUUAAAUAAGGAAGUGUCAUUAUCUUAAUAAAUUUCUUAACAAUAUUAAAGUCAAAAGAACGACAAUGAUUAGAUUAAAUAAGAGAAUUAGAAGUUAAAUAAAUUGCUGGAUAAUCAAUAAUAAUAGAUAGUAUCUCUUAAAAAAGAAGUAGAAUAACACAAAUAAGAAAAAAGUAAAUUAGUUGAAUCGAUUUCAUAACAAGAGAAUAGGAUAUUGGAGUUGGAAGAGAUAAAACUAUAGAAGUAAAUAUUGCAAGGAAAAGUAAGUGAAUUACAGAAGAGCUAGUAAGAAGUUCAAUAAAAGUAUCAGUAGGCAUAAGCACAGUUGUAGAGUGUCUAGGAUGAUUUGUAGCAUUCAAAAAAGGAAAUAUAGGAAACUAAACAAAAGAAUAAGGUUUUAGCCUAAUAAUAAUAAAAUGAAAUGUCUAAGUUCAAUUAAGAGAUUAUUGCAAUAUAGGAGGAGCUAGAACAGAGCAGGAAGAUUUAAAUGGAAAUAAAGAAGUCUGAAUAGGAGCAGAGAGAGUAGAAUAUGCAAAUUAGAUAGAAUUAUGAAAAAUUGAAGUUAGAAAAUUAAUAAUUAAAUAAUUAAUUAGAUGAAAUUCAACAAGAUAUGAAAUAUGAGAAGGAAGAAGUCUUGAAGAAGGAUGAAACUAUUUACAAAUUAUCUGAUUAAGUAAAAUACAAAACUCAGUAAUUAGAGGCUUAGAAUACUUUGAUUAAUUAGGUCGAAUAAAAUAAGUUAAGCUAAACUAACCAAAUAUUAUAAUAAUCUAAUUAAUUGACAAAUCUAUCAAAAGAGUUGUUUUCUUUAAAGUAACAAUUACAAAUAAAUGAUGCUCAAAGCGAAUCCUAUAAGCGAGAAGUUGAAAGAUUAAGAAGAGAAUUGGAAUUUUAAGAAAAGCAAGUAGAAGAUUACAAAUAAUAAACUAAAAAAUUAUCAUAGUAACUUGACUUUGAAAAGAAACAUAGCUAAAAAUAAAAAAUUUAUGAAGCAUCUGAAUUGUUAAGCAAAAUUGACAAUACGCUCUCUCCAAUCAAAGGAGUUAAGGGUUAAACUCUAUAUGGCAGUUCGGACAGCAAAACUUAAAAAAGAAUUUUCCAGCAGAAAACACCUUAGAGAGAAUAUGGAUUUUAGAAUUCAAAUAGUGCUUCAAUGCUUAAUGCUUCAUUCAAUUCAUAAGAUCAAUUGGCUAAAGAAAAUAGGAAACUCAAAUAGAGUUUAGAAUAGAAAAUGAAAAUUAUUGAAUAAUUGGAGCAGGCAUUAUUACAAAGCGAGUAGACAUUGAAGGAAGUGCAUGAGAAGGCAAAUCAAUUUUGUUAGCAAUAGGAAGAUGAAAUAAAGCAAAUCAAAGAUCAAUAUUCAAGACUUGAAUAGGAACAUAAUACAAUAUUAGCUGAAAGAGAGUAUGAGAAUUAGCAAAUAAGUAAAUAGAAGGAAUAGGCUUUGUUUAAAGUUUAAAUUCUUUAAGAUGAAGUAUUGAAAUCAAAGAGAGGAUCAGUUGGCAGUCAACACAUUCCAGGAUCAAAAUAUUCUGAAACUGUGUAGGAUAUGUCGAUGAGAGAAACUCCAUCCUCAUCUCAUAGGUUUAGACUCUCAGAUGGGUAAUUUAAAUCUUAUUAUGGCGUCGAUGCUCAUUCAAAGCUAAUUUAUGACACUCAAAAACUAUUACUUGAGAAUUAAAGGCUAAAUAGUCAAAUGUGCAAAUUAUACUAGAUAUUGGGAUUAGAAAAAAAUAGAUCAAACAAACUAGAGGAUGGUGAGAAGAUCAUCUAAUCGGUUCAAUUAUUAUUAUAAGAAGUCAUUGUAUUUAAAAUAUAAUUAUUACUUAAGGAUUGCAAAUAGGAAAUACAGAAUUUGAUUUAGGCUUAGCCUUCAAGAAGCUUAAAGUACCAGUCAAUGGAGAAAGAUUUAUAAUAGACUAAAUUAAAAUAUUAUGCUGUAGAAAGGAGUCCUAAAUUUUGGAAUUCAAGCAAUGAUACUCCAAAAGCAAAAUUCUUUAAUUACUCAAAUUCUUCAGGGAAAUGA